GAUAGUGAAAAAACAAGCUCAAACCAUCAAUGAAACAACGUUGACAGCAGUCUAUAUAACUUUAUAACCGACAGAUAUUAAAGUAGCGCGAGGCGGUGAAAAGAUACGGAACCAGAAAUUGCGGCCAGAUUUCAGAACAUCCUUCUUCGUGCUCCGCCGGGGCGUUCCACCAGAGGAACUUACUGUGAUUUGUCACGCAUUGUUGCCGCUCGUGUUAGCUGGUGACUCUGUAAACAACAGCAUCAACAUUCCACUGGACUCGAGAGGUAAAGUCUAACGUUUUCUGAACUUGACGCCUGAGUGCUGAGUGUGUAGUGGACUGCUUAAGACUUUUCUCGGCGUGUAAGGAAAGUUCUCGUCCCUACUUUGUUGCCUCCAGUCAGGAGACGGAACUUAAAGCCCGGAGGUGAAGAAGGAUAUUUGAAAGAAAUCAAAUACAAGACUCUUCGACACUUUUCUUCAAAGGACGAUUGCUCUGAAACCACAUGUCUCUGCUUUAGUACGGUGAAGCUAGGGCAAGACGGUUGGUGGUUUUGAAUUCACGAGUCUCAAGUUUCCGCCGCCCUGGCAAGAGAUAUUAAAGCGUGAAUUUGACCUGGUAGAAGUUGUCAACAAGAGAAGUUGCAGAGGCAAACUGGCAGGUGUACAAGUAAAUUUACAUGCAUGGGCAUACGCAUCUAGCUGCACUAUAAAUAGAAGCCGUCUGAAGGACUAAUCAGCCCAUCUGUGCUCGUGCAUAUGUAUUAAACCCGGGUCACACAUUUUCAUCAUAAUCCCGGUGAAACCCACACCUGUCGCUUUGGCUGUAAGGGCAGGAGUCGUCGCAUGGACUGACAUGGCCACCGAUCUCGCCAUGAGCGCAGAUUUGCCCAACAGCCCUUUGGCUAUAGAAUAUGUCAACGACUUCGACCUCAUGAAGUUUGAGGUCAAGAAAGAGCCCCCGGAGGCCGACCGCUAUUGCCACCGCCUGCCCCCGGGCUCGCUGUCCUCCACUCCCAUCAGUACGCCCUGCUCCUCCGUGCCUUCCUCCCCGAGUUUCUGUGCCCCCAGUCCUGGGUCGCAGCCUGGUCAGAACCUCGGAAAUGGCGUCAUCAACAAUAACAACAACAACAACAGUGGUGGCAACAACAACAAUACCCAAAGCUCUUCGGGCAAGCCACAGCUGGAAGACCUCUAUUGGAUUCCGAACUACCAGCAUCACAUCACUCCAGAGGCCCUAAACCUGACCCCAGAGGAUGCAGUGGAAGCGCUCAUCGGUAAUGCGCACCAUCACCACCAUCACCACCAGCCCUACGAGGGAUUCCGCGGUCAACAGUACGUCGGAGAAGACCUCUCGGCGGCCACGAACGGUCACCACCAUCCGGCGCACCACCACCACCACCACCAUCACCACGGCCACCACACGCGCAUCGAUGACCGCUUCUCAGACGAGCAGCUGGUAAGCAUGACGGUGCGCGAGCUCAACCGGCAACUGCGAGGCUUCAGCAAAGAAGAGGUGAUCCGCCUCAAGCAGAAACGUCGAACCCUGAAGAACAGGGGCUACGCGCAGUCGUGCCGCUACAAGCGCGUGCAGCAGCGGCACAUGCUAGAGAGCGAAAAGUGCACGCUCCAGAGCCAAGUGGAACAACUCAAGCAAGACGUGGCGCGCCUGAUCAAAGAACGGGACCUGUACAAGGAGAAGUACGAGAAGCUGGCGAGCCGAACCUAUAACGGUGGCUGUGGCGGCAACACUCGGGACCCGUCCAACGGCACUCACGGCAAAACCACUUCCACGGAAUUCUUCAUGUGAGAAUGAUUCUUGUUAAAAACCUUUUCCACAUUAACGUAUUCGGUUUUUUUGUUUUGUUUUGUUUUUUACCUAAAUUUGUAUUAUUUUCAUUGUGAAUUUGAUUUACAGUUCUUCCUAUCUUAAAGACUCUGUACACUUGCAUUACUGUACAUACAGCGCAAUACUUAAAGCUCACACUUCAUUGUUUGUGUACUUAUAUUAUUGCACCAUAAAAGUCUUAAGGAUAGUGUAAUGUUAAGAUUAUCUUCGACAGAUACUGCACGGACUUUUCUACUUCAUAAGACCUCUGAUCUAAAUAUGGGAUCACACAAAACCUCCAAAGACACACCAGGACUCUGUAGAUGCGUGUGUUGUUUCUUUUUUAUUAAUAAGCUAAUGGCAAUAUCUGACAUGUUUAGGGACACAGGUGCGUCGCUCAGUCAUUAAACCGCUUCCGUGAUUAUGUUUUCCUUGUCUUAACAGAAUGACGAGUCCUAAUGGCAAUUAGACUUAAGAAACUCCAGCUUUUGACGGGACUUUGGAAGAAACAAUAUUACUAAAACACUUAUAAGCAAGCAAGAGAGAUAGCAAUACAGCAUUUACUUCCCUCAAUUUUGUCAUGAACUGAGGUUUAGGGGACCUGUGAACUUCGAGGGCCCUCGAGCAUUGCUCAAGUCUGCAUUACCCCACCAAUCCUGCAUGCGGGACAUGUAUGGUACUCCAAACUCGCCAAGUACUUUCUAUUUUCCCAUACAGCACUUGGAUGAUGAAAAGCAUGCCCUUAACCACUCUCUUAUCUCCUUUUGUUCUCCCCUGUUCGACACAAACCGUAUAGUUAUGAGGAGCUCAUGAGUUACCUAUAAAAUCACAUGAAAUCCGUUCUUAUUUUUAUUAUUAUAAUUAUUGUUAUUUUAAAAGUACAGAAUAAGGACUAACGAAGAAAGAAAAAAAACACAAUUGAGCAAGAGUUUAAGAGUUAUUUAUUCCCACUUGUACAUAUGUAGAGGUCAAUUGCUGUGUUAAUUUACCUUUCUUUUUAAAGUCCUUCUUGCUUGAUUAUUUAAAACGUCUUAAUAAAAUGUUUGUAUGUAAUAGCAUGCAAAUGACGAAGAUACUAUCAUCCUAUUGAAUACGUACAAUUUCAAAAGAAGCCUACUGCACUAUAAUUCGAAGAAUUGGGAUUUAUAUGACAUUUAUUUUCCUCUGUGCUGAUCGAAUUGCUGUUCUGGUGGACAUUGUUACUCGAUCUAAAGUCGACCAUAAAGUCCACCAUAAACACAAGGAUUCAAAUUGCUGCUAGUUCUCUAUGCACCAAAUUCGAAAGCAAUUAACACAAGUUCUGAUUAUGUGAAUUUUGUACUUCAACAUAAACUAAUGUAGAAGACUGACUGGUAAGACGUAGACAUUUUAAUGACUAAAAUCCACCAUCUCUUUUAAGAAAGCUUUUUUAUUAUUCUUAUUAUUAAUUAUGAAUGACAAAACAUUUGACUUCAAAUAUGGCAGCCGACGGUAAUAAGGCAAGGAGAGCUGGUUCAACUUUUUAUGACAAUGAAACUGUAAAAGAAAAAAGUAUAAAAAAAAAUCCUACGCUGUAUCAUGUAGCCUAUUCGACUUUUAAGUUGUUGCCUGUUGUUUUGCAUUGGAACGUUGGGAUGAUAAUAGGCUUCCAAACACAUUCAAUUAUUCUUGGUAGAUGCCACAAGAUUACUUAUUCUAAAAUAAUAAAGGGACCUGCGUGCAAAGUUAUUAUACGCAUUUGAACGUGAUAAUUUAAGAUUGAAAUAUUGCCUAGUUCAGGGUGGAUGGGGAAAAAAAAUCAAAUAGAACUUGCCAAAGUGGAUUUCAAAAUUAUUUUAUCUCUAGUCAGUUUUCAAUCUAUCUCCGUCCUGCGCAUGCUUAGUUCCAUAACAGAUAUCAAAUUAUGUCGCCCAGACUUCUAAAAUAAGUCCCCCGCGUAUAAUCACUUACUUGGAUUAAUUUCUUCUUGGAAUUCUCAUCUGUUAACUUUGAUUAAAAAUUGUGGACUAAAUUAUGAUGCAGUUCGGUAUGGAGCAAUCUCUCUGUUUAUUGGUCUAAUUUGAGGCACCGCAGCUCGAGGUUACAUCACCACAUAUGCUGUCCUGUGUGCUGUCUUAUGUAAAAAAUGAAAUAAAAUGAAAAACUGUACAUAGCCUAUCAUUUCUAUCGAAAAAUAUAAAUGUCCUUAUGUGUCAGUAUGUCCAAACCAAAAUGUUUCAAAAUGGAAUGUUGUUCAGAAUCUUGUUUUCAUAAUGUUUAAUAAAAAGUUCUG